AUGUUCACACCUGUAUCAACCAAAUUAAACUGUCUCUCUCUCUAUCAGGAUGGUGUGAGGAUGGAGGAGAUUGUGGAGGGCUGCACAGGAGCUCUGCACAUCCUGGCCCGAGACCCGGCCAACGCCGCCGACAUCACAUCCAUGGAGACCAUCCCCCUGUUUGUGCACAAGGAGCCUCUGCUGUACUCUCCAGUGGAUAACGUAAAGUGCAUGGCUGCUGGGGUGCUGCCACUCAGGGAGCUCCUGCACUCCAGCAACGAGGGCAUUGCCACCUACGCUGCCGCCGUUCUCUUCCGCAUCUCCGAGGACAAGACUGCCGACUACAGGAAGCGUGUGUCAGUGGAGCUGACCCACUCACUCUUCAAGCACGACCCUGCUGCAUAGGACAUUGUAAGCACUGCGCCCCCUUAUGGA